UCGAGACGUGCGCCAUCCAGGACAGACGCUCCUCAGCCGGCGAUGACAUGUGACCUUCCGCAAGAUCGCAAGUGGUCCACUCACUGACUGCACACAAAUAAUCUGGGCUACCGAAAAUUCUAACUUACAAACUUCCAAAAGACCAGUUCGUCGCAUGGUCGCCGUAGCCACCUGCCUGCCUCCGCCGAGCCGGCCCCGCCACCGCCGGUCAUUGAUGGUAAGCUCCGGGGCAGCCCGCCCCUGCGUCCGCCGCCACCCACACAGCCGCAACCCCACCUCGAGGCACCGCCCCCAGCCGCCCCCAGGCCUACCACACGGCUGGCCGCCCAGGUGGACCUGCUGCCCCCGCCGCCCCACCGAGCGCGGACUGGACCCGGAGGACGCUUAGGCCCACGUGCAACUUCUUCCCAGCCACCUUCUGCCUCUCCGGUGCUUCUACGAACAACAAGCUCUGAGGAAGCGUCCUAACAACCUUGGUUCUACCUGAACAACUUGGCAACCACCAAGUGUGUAGUCUCCAUCUGAGAUACGCCCAGACCCGUGUGUGUCCUCUAUUCGAACACCUGCUGCCUCUCUGGUGCUUCUACGAACCAACCGGCUCUGAGGAAGAGUCCUAACACCUUGAUAAGAACCUUGGUUCUACCUGAACAACUUGGCAACCACCUAGUGUGUAGUCUCCCCCUGAGAGAUGCCUAGACCCAUGCGUGUCCUCUAUUCGGACACCUGCUGCCUCUCAGGUGCUUCUACGAACAACCAGCUCUGAGGAAAAAGGCCUAACAUCUUGAUAAUAACCUUGGAGCUACCCUGGAUCUUCUCGCAGGCCUUGGCAAGUCCUAGAGCACAGUCUCGUCUUGGCAGACACCCGGGCCCAUGCGUGUCCUUUAUUCGGACACUGGCUGCCACUCCGGUGCUCCUGCGAACAAACCAGCUCUGAGGAACAAUCCUGGCAUCUCUUCACACCACCUCGAUGAAGACUGUGGGAUUCAUCUAGACAGCAAUAAUAGGCUUUGCCGCCCAUCCUGGGAAUUCAAUUAAGAACACAAGUGUCUUCAUAUUAAUUGCUAAUUUCUUGGUGCUUCCACUAAUACCAUGCCACAGAAGAUAAAGUUGGUUCCACUCGCAUUAAUGCAGUGAGGACUUAGGAACUCACAUAGAUAGCAAUCGCAGCCCCUGUUACGCCUCCGGGAGUACACAUAAGGGCAACGUGUUUUGUAAAUAACUGCCAUUACUUUGGUACCUACUUCCAAUAAGACCAUAUGACAAGAGAGUAUGAUGAGAGACUUUAUAUCAUAUAAAUUGUUCUUGCAACCCUGUGGGUUGGAAGAUGUCCUAUGGACAUUUCAAGUCUCCUAGUCACUUUCAAGAAUACAAGAAAAGAGUGAAAGUAUAGUCUCGCAUAAAUAUUAUGUAGGGAAUGAAUGAUCACAUGAUGUCUCUUCAGUACUGUCAAGAACAGUAAAUCACAGGAGAGAAUGUUAAAGUGUCCUCAAAUCACAUUGAUGAUAAUUUUGAGAAUCUUAAGACACGCCCAAACUAUCAUCGCAUUCUCAGCAAUUUAAUUAUGCUUAAGCUGGAUGGGGAAUGCUAGGGCCCACACUUGUCCUCCGAUUACCUGUUGUCGCACUCCCACUUUUUCAAAGAGAGAUAAUGGCUGGCAUACUUUCACCAAGUUAAUUUGAGAGGACUAAAAGUUUAAAUAGGCUUUGCAACAUUUGACAACUCUCCCAGCAUAAGAUAAUCUAAGGUGGAACACUCUGUGACCAAAGGCCUUCUCUCUGGUAUCUAUACAAAGAAUCAGUUUUAAGGGAAAUGAGGGCCUUGAGACUCGUUUAGAAAGUCCUCGCAAGAAAUCAUGGAGCCCCAGGUGGACAGGCCCCGAAGGGGUCGAGCGCCAAUCCUCGGCUGGACAGACGGCUCACCAAGCAUCAGCCCGGCCUUCUCUUUCAGACCCUCGGUGCUGCCCGCAUCCCCAAGCAAGUCCCUGGGCAGCAGUUGCCCCGGACUGGAGUCCUCGGCCAAGACCAGCAUCACCCACAGCUCGGAGAUCCACUCGCCGGAUCUGUCCAGCACGGGGUGCGAGCCGGCGACGUUUCCUUCCGUCAACUCGAUCCUUGGCUGCGCGUCCAGUGGAGAUAUCGACGAUGGCAAGAAGCCCAUGAACGGCAUGUCGACUGUGAGGACCUUGGUGAUAGAGAACCCGGUGUACGAAGGCAGCUGCGUGACCUUCAAGGAUGAGAAGGACGGGUCGCCGUACAGCAGCGACGAUUCGGUGUUCGAGGCACAGGAGCGCACGAAGCCCAAAGUCCCGGAUGGCGGCUGGGGCUGGGUCAUCGUGGCUGCCUCGUUCACCAUCAGCAUGAUUGCCGACGGCAUCAGCUUCUCCUUCGGCCUGCUGUACAGCGAGUUCCUCCUGCACUUCGGGGAGUCUAAGAGCAAGACAGCAUGGAUCGGCAGCCUCUUCAUGUCGGUGCCUUUGCUAUCUGGGCCGAUCGGGAGCGCGCUGGUGGAUCGCUACGGUUGUCGCUCCAUGACCAUCGUCGGCGGGAUGAUCUCGGGUCUGGGGUACGUGCUGUCCGCCUUUGCCGACUCCGUCGUCGUCCUGUACUUCACGUUCGGGCUGAUAGCCGGGCUGGGGCUGGGGUUCUGCUACGUGACUGCCGUCGUGAGCAUAGCCUUCUGGUUCGACAAGAAGCGGACCCUGGCGACGAGCCUGGGCGCGUGCGGGACCGGCAUCGGGACUUUCGUGUACGCGCCCAUGACGCAGUACUUCAUCGAGGAGUACGGGUGGAGGGGGUGCCUGCUCCUGCUGGGCGGAACGUUCCUCAACAUGUGCGUGUGCGGGGCCUUGAUGCGCGAGCCGGGGAGGGCACGGGGACUCGCCAGCUGCAAGCUGGCGUCCGAGUCGUCGUGCAUGUCCGUGUCCGAGUCCGGCGGCGUGGAGGAGAUGCGGCUGAUGCUGAGGAACGGCGGGGAGCCGCGCAGGGUGCUGGCGGCGCUGGCGACCAGGAACGACCAGACAGAGCAGCACAUGGGGGACGCCCACGGAGUCUGCCAGUCCGUCGUCAACCUGCCCACCUUCGUCAGGCAAAGCGAAACGGUGCCAGUGGAGGUGCUGGAGUCGCUGCGACGCAACAGGCCGCUGUUCAGCGUGAUGGUGGACAAGUACCCUGGCCCGCCGGCGAGGGCGCCCUCGGCGGAGCUGGGGGGCGCAGCGGUGCCCCUGCUGCGGGCCGAGGUGGCACCGCGCCCGGCCGCCCGGCCGCCCGGGCCCCGGGCCGGCACCACGCACCGGCGGGCCCCCACCUGCGGCUUCGUGCAGCCCGCCCACUACCUCAACGACAUACGCGUCCACAAAAAGUCAAUGAUGUACCGAGGCGCCAUCUUGAAUCUCAACCGGUACAGGUUACGUGCAUCCUCCUGUCCUGACAUAUACAGGAAUUCUAUGAUAACGAUAGCUAAGGAAGCCGAGGAGCGGUGGUACGACGACAUCGUGGAGCUGCUGAAGGACAUGGCGGACUUCUCGCUGUUCCUGGAGCUGCACUUCCUGCUGAUGUCGCUGUCCACCGUGCUGCUGUUCGUGUGGUUCAUCGUGCCGUACUUCUACCUGGUGGAGUACAUGGCGCAGCACGGGUACUCUGAGCACGACGCCUCGGCGCUGCUCAGCGUCAUCGGGGUCACCAACUUCAUGGGCAUGGUGUUCCUGGGCUGGGCCGGCGACCAGAAGUGGAUGAACGUGACCAAGACGUACGCUUGGUGCCUGGUGCUGUGCGGGCUGGCCGUGGUCGCCAUGACCUUCUGCACGUACAACUGGGCGCUGCUGUGCGUGUCGGGCGGCCUGUUCGGCCUGUUCUUCGCGUCCAGCUUCUCCUUCACGCCCGUCAUCCUGGUGCAGCUGUCGCCGCUCGAGCGGUUCACCAACGCCUACGGCCUCAUCCUGCUGUGCCAGGGCAUCGGCAACCUGCUGGGCCCGCCCCUCGCAGCGCUGCUGUUCGAUGUGACGCAGUCAUGGGUGCUGUCCUUCUACAUGGCCGGGGUGUGGAUCGUGGUGUCGGGGCUGCUUAUCGCUGCCAUACCAGCUUCCAACAACCGUCACCUGUGGGGCGGGACCCUCCAGGAGCCCUGAAUACAAACCCAACAUCAGCUAAGAUGACAGCGACGGCUUCAACAUCGCACAGCACAUUCGCAGCCACGUCAUUCUCUAUGGCGUACUUCCAGAACGUUUUGGCGAUCAGCAAGGGGGCUUUCUUGUUGGACAUCGCUUUUAAACACAUUAGCUGCUAUAACACGAUGGAAAUUUUCUUGGAAUAUUCCAUUUUAUCUCUAAUAUCAAAUGGUACCAAAAUUUUCUAUGGAAGUUUUAGUAGCUUGCUAGCCGUUAAUAACAAAGUUGUGGUUUUCGGUUGCGUACUUUUUUCUGUAAGAGUUUUACUACAAGGUUAAAAUGUUAGUAAUAAAAUAUGCUAUUAAAGAGAUUAGUAGUUUUUUUUCAGUUAGGAAAAAGGUCAUCCAUCAAAAAUGUAAUAUCCUUAAACGAAAUUUUCUCCUUAGUAUUCAUGUUUCUGUAUAAUUUAAAUAAAUUCAGACGGCAAUGCUAACUUGUAGCAAAAUUGCCAUGACAAACUAAUACACUUGCAACAAACAUGAUGGAGCAAGUCUUAAAGCUUAAUUCAAACUUUUAGUACAUUAACUAGUUAAUAUUUAUCAUCUUACAGAAAACCUAAAUUGUAAACAUGAUUCCAUUUUUACGAAGCUUACCUUGCCAGCAAGCAAGCUUAAACAUUUAGUGAAAUUCUUAUAUAGAACCUCGUAAGGUCAAGUUUAAUUUUGUGUGUAAAAUGCAAGGCAUGCAUUAAGCUGAAAUACUAUGAGGGAAAUGACAACAAUAAAAAAUCUCGGCAAUAUUUACAUACGAAUAUUACAGAAUCUGUGUGUGCACAGGCUCAGACAGCAGUUAUGUACGAAGCUUUUACCAGAGCUUGUAAGAAGUCUUAUAUUGUGGUACCUAUAUAGCUUUGGACAUCUAAUCGUAACUCAUGAGUCAACGCGAGUCAUGCCAGGAUGGUUGCCUCGCCACAUGAGCCUUGCCCAUUGUCGAGAUCUAGGCCAAUUCACGACUUGAAUCUGGGAAGUGUUUUCCUCUCGUUCUGAGGUGAGCAUGGUUUGAUUCAGUUUGUUUUAAUCUACAUUGCUAGAAUGUGAUAAUGUGACUGUGCAUGGUUAAGAUAAAGAUAGAGUUUGCCUUGAACUAUCUAUGUCAAUCUUGUAAAUAUAAAGUUUGUAUACCAAAUCGGAAAACUUAUAAAGUUCCUUUUUCAAGUGUU